AUGGACAAGCUGGAGAUGGCCCAAAGGAGGACUGUGAAGAUGACCAAAGGGCUGGAGAACCUGCCCUAUGAGGAAAUACUGAAGGAAUUAGGUCUUUUCUCCCUGGAGAAGAGAAGGCUCGAGAGGGACCUCAUCACAGUAUUCCAGUACCAAAAGGGCAGCUACAAAGAAGAUGGAGGCUCUCUCUUCACGAGGAGCCACACAGCAAAGACAGGGGGCAAUGGGUACAAGCUGCACUGGGAGAGGUUUCAUCUCGACAUAAGAAAGAAAUUUUUUACACCCAGCCCUCAAGUGCCCCUUAGAGCCAGGUGCCUUGCGGAGCUGUCUCAUUGUGCCCAGGCGCCUGCUCAUGCUGCCCGAGACUGGGGGCAGGAGCUGGGACCCGUGCUCCCCUUGGCCACAGUUAGUCCCACAGUCAGGUUGGCUUACUGGUACUGGUUUGCAAUGUUACAGGCAAGGGAGGAUGUGAUCCACAUGCUGAAGACAGAGAAAACCAAACCUGAAGUUUUAGAAGCUCAUUAUGGGUCUGCAGCUCCACAAAACGUUCUCCGAGUGCUGCACAGGGAUGCCAUCCUUGCCCAAGAGAAGUCUCUAGGGGAAGACGUCUAUGAGAAACCAAUUUCAGAGCUGGACAGACUUGAAGAGAAGCAGAGAGAGACGUACCGGCGCAUGCUGGAGCAGCUCCUGUUGGCAGAGAAGUGCCAUCGCCGCACCGUUUAUGAGCUGGAAAAUGAGAAACAUAAGCAUACAGAUUACAUGAACAAGAGUGACGACUUUACCAACCUCUUGGAACAGGAGCGGGAGAG